CCUCCUCUCUUCUUCACUUCUCAUUUUCGAUUAUUUUAAUAAAAAAAAAUAAACAAAAAAUGGCAGCAAGUGCAUCUCCAAUGGCGAGUCAACUCAGGAGCAGCUUCUCCUCAGCCUUUACGGCGAGACGGCUCGCCGUCCCCAAGGGAAUCUCCGGCUCUCCUUUCGGCGUUUCUCCGGCCAAAAGAUCCUCUUCCUUCACCGUCAAAGCCGUUCAAUCCGACAAGCCGACAUUCCAAGUGAUCCAACCGAUCAACGGCGACCCAUUCAUCGGAAGCCUGGAAACUCCGGUGACAUCGAGCCCUCUGAUCGCAUGGUACCUCUCCAACCUGCCGGCCUACCGAACCGCCGUCAACCCUCUCCUCCGCGGCAUAGAAGUGGGUCUGGCCCAUGGCUUCUUCCUGGUGGGUCCGUUCGUGAAGGCCGGUCCGCUCAGGAACACGCCGUACGCGGGAGGAGCUGGGUCGCUCGCGGCUGCAGGGCUGGUCGUGAUCCUGAGCAUCUGCCUCACGAUCUACGGUAUCGCCUCGUUCAAGGAGGGAGAGCCCUCGACGGCGCCGAGCUUGACGCUGACCGGCCGGAAGAAGAACCCCGACCAGCUCCAGACGGCGGAGGGAUGGGCUAAGUUCACCGGAGGUUUCUUCUUCGGUGGAAUCUCCGGUGUCACUUGGGCUUAUUUCCUUUUGUAUGUCCUUGACCUUCCUUACUACGUCAAGUAGAUGAACCCACCGCCAAAAAAAAAAAAAAAAAAAAAAAAAAAAAAAAAAAAAAAAAAAAUCAAAGUGUUCUUCUCUGUAAUGUAAUGUAUCUGCAACUUGUCCGUUUUAGAAACGAUAUUUCUCCAAGUUUCAAGAUU